AUGAAGAAGCUCGGCCACGAGGACGGGGUCGAUAUCGUCAAGGUGGACAUCGAGGGCGGGGAGUUUGAGGUGAUACGCGGGUGGGAAGAGCGCUACGGCGCGGACGGCCCGCCGACGUGCCAGCUUCUGAUCGAGUGGCACGAGCGAUUCUUGACCGGCGUCGGCGCCGCAUCCGCCGCGAGAAGAGACGCGGAGGCGGCGCUGCUUCGGAUGGGGUUCACGCCGCUCCACUGCUGGGAGGGCAUCCAGGAGUGCGUGUACUGGCACUGCGCGCGUUGCGCCGAGAGAGGCGAGGCUCGUGACGUCGACGACGUACAGUAA